AUGAAUAUAUUUGAUAUUUAAUCAUAGACAUCAUAUUACAACUCAUAAACUAAUUAACGAUUUCGCAAAAGAACUUACAAGUUAGAAAGGUUAUACAAAGUCUAUUCUUUUUAAAGAGCAAAUUCUAAAUUCAAACCAAGUUCAUCCUUAUGCGAAAAGAUACAAGUUAUUCCUGACGAUAAAGCACUGAAUUAAAGUUGCCAAUGUUAUGAUUGUGGAGGUAAAAUAAAAAAGAGAUUACUAAGGAAAUAAGUUAAGAAUCAUAUUCAUAAGUUCAUCAAAGUCAAAUAUUUAGAAUUGAAUUAAAGUUCAAAAAAUUUAGAAGGUUCAAUACUACGAUCAAGUAAAAAUCCUUCUAUGUAAAUGUAAUUAUUAUAUUCAAGACAUACACCUAUCAAUACCAGUAAAGGAAGGACAAAAUUUAAACCUAUCAAUCAUCUUCUUUAAAUGGUCCAUGUGAAAAGUAUGCUAUCAAAAUUAGCAAAUUCUUAACCUAUUCAAUAAUUAUCAUAAAAAUUUUUAUAAUUAAAUCCUUAGACUGUCUCUGAAAAUACUUAGAAAAUAUAAGUCUAAGAGAUUUCUGAAUAAAAAGAUAUUUAAAGUCCUUUAAUUGGAUAAAGAUUAAAAACAGAACCAAAUAUAGUCUAGUAAAAUUAAAGAUUUUCUAUUGAUACUAAGAAAUUUUAUUAUCCAAGAAUUUCUAGAAUAAUUUCAAUUGGAGCUCCAAGUCCUCUAUUAAAUUAAUCCUAAAGAAUUGAAAAGAAACCAAUAAAUAAACCAGUCCCUCUGACAAGUAGACAUAAAUCUCCAAGUAGAUAUACAUCUCCAUAUAUUAAUAAGAGAAGAGCAUUAUCUUAAAAAAUUCAAUGUCCUUAUUAAAAAAAAUCUGAAUACAAACUCAAAGACCUUUUAAAGAGACGAAAUUGA